AUAUCAACGGUAUACCCUCCUUCACUCUAGACUCGUUUCCAAGCACUCUAAACGGAGUGCUUGGCAGCAUUCGCAGCUCAGUGUCGUGGAUGCAGUAGACUCUCUCCAGCGACUCUCGUCCUCAGCGCUGCGUUCUCGGCACCAUCCACAUCAUUUUCCCCUUGGGCUAGAUGAUCGAUCCCGACAGCACUCAUGACCGUGCAUGAACCCUGGUUCGUGCGAAUGCACAGCGUUCUGCAGAGCAGAUGCGCCACCGCCUCGCCUUGACUCCGUGCAACGACGUGAUACUUGAUCGAGAUGUUGAAACAUGCAGCGAAGACAGUGGGCCUCGCCUUUGGUAUCAUGCUAUCGCACAUAUUCGUGCAGCCGUCUCACCACGACGACGGCGGGGGGGGCAAUGGAAUCUCGUUCCCAACAUCGCUAGCAACAAGCCACGACCAAAGCCCCAAACGCAGAUCCAUGCACUACCGAUGCAGUGCUUCCAGGAAAGCGUCGAGGCGCGAUCCACCCACGUUGCCACCGCCGUUUGCGCAUACUCGGCCGCAUUGUUGCCACAGGAUCGUUCUUGUGUGGGUUCAUGCAUCCGGAUGAUCGGUUUAUCCGGACACCCGGGCUUGCGAGCUUCCCUCAUUUGAAAUCUUUGGUCGUCGCCGUCAUGUUGCAACGUUUGCGGCGGUCGGUGGCGGCUGUAGGCGGCAGUCGGCGACUCUUCAACUCGGACGUCGCGUCCACGCGCAUUCAUCGGCAUGUGAUCGCUGCACUCGUCGUGAACCAAGCGGGGACGUUGGCCGAGAUUGCAAAUCUGUUUGCAGCACGAGGAUACAACAUUGACAGCCUUGUGGUCGGUCGCACUGACGUGCCAGAGCUGAGUCGCAUGAGCGUCGUCGUGCACGCCACUGACGCCAAUGUGUGGAACAUGAAGAAGCAGCUGGAUGAUGUCGUCCAAGUCGCAGCGGUCAAGAUUCUGUCGGCACAAGUCGACGCGAGCGAAAACCUCAUUGAGCGCGACUUGAUGCUUGCCAAAGUGUCGACGCGUUUGCCAGGCUCUCGCGCCGAAAUCACAGAGCUUGCAAACUUGUUCGAUGCCAAAGUGUUGGAUGUGACGCCUACACAAGUUAUGGUGCAACUGGCCGGCACCCCUGCACGGAUCGAAUCGUUCCUCGAGUUGUUGAAGCCACUCGGAAUUGUCGAAAUCCACCGAAGCGGCGUCAUCGCGAUCGACCGCGCCAUUUGCGUCACCGACCCGACCGUCGAAAUUGCCUUUGAUCGCCAUCCCCAAGAAAACCCCGACGUGGACUCGACUAUGCUCCCUCCAGGAUAAUCCAUUCUCUCUCCACCAAAUGACUUAAUUUGUGCCACGCCAUGUUAG